AGAGAGAAAGAAAGAAAGAGCACAAUUUCUAAAUGGCUGUAGGUAUGAGAGAAAAGUAUUUCUGCAUUCUGGUUAAAUACAGUUCAAAUCAGAUCCUUUCAGUUGACAGUGCUUCUUUUCCAGCAAAACAAAAAACUGAAUCAUCUGCCUGAAGUACAAAGUUCUGAAACAAAAACAAAUUUGCUUGUGAGGGAAUCCCAGUAUGAUUCACUGGUGCAGACAAACAAAACUGUCUUCUCUCCACGGUUGUCCCCCUAGCUUGUCUGAAGCUCCAUUAUGCUGAAACAUAAUUUCACAACCUCAGGGUCCACCUGUGAUAGUCUGAGCCUCUUCUCUCUACCCUCUCCUGUGGCCCAGACUCUGCCCAGUUUCGGCCCCUACCUCCUGGAGAAGAACAAGAUCCUGGCAGACUACAAGAAGACCAUGAAGGGCCACAGUGAGGCGUUAGCCAUAGAGGCUAACGGCACCAGAACAUACACCCCCAAGAGACCCAUACCUGCCGUCAAGGAUGUAAUCGCCAGAGCCCUAAAGCACAUCGGGGCCUAUGGAGAACUGAACAACACAGAGCAGGUGCUGGCUCUCAUAGACGAGGACAUGUGUAUCAACUGUGGCAAGUGCUACAUGACCUGCAACGACUCUGGAUACCAGGCUAUCACGUUUGACCCCCAGACCCAUCUUCCUGUAGUGACUGACAGCUGUACCGGCUGCACACUUUGUCUGAGCGUCUGCCCCAUCAUCGAUUGCAUCACCAUGGUUGCCAGGACAACGCCGUACGUGCCCAAGAGAGGCCUGCCUCAAGCCGUCAUGCCCGUCUGCUAAAGGGAACGACAACGACGACAGAGAGAGAGAGAGAGAGA